UCACUUCUGGCAACAACAUGAAAAUAAAAACUAUAUUCUUAAACAGACACACAAACUAGCCGUAGCUAUAGUACAUAUCCCCUGACUCAGAGUUAACCGCUUCAAAAUGAUUUCGAACUAUAUGCUUAAGGUGGCCAAUGAUAGAAAUGCUGGUGAGGAGCAGCCCAAUACAUGCAGCCACUGCCCGGAGGUACUGGAGCCGCAAAUCGAUCUGAACAGCUAUGCGCAACGGUAUUCGGAUAUACCACGCCUUAUCCGUCUUAAGUUCAUUGCCCAGGUGUGUCCCAAGCUGCGCGUUCAGGCCCUGGAGUUGGCCAUAGACCAUGUGAAGACCACCUAUAACGUGCCACUCUACGACGAGCUCUACCACACCCUUUGUGCUGAGGUGGAGCGCACGAACUCAGCUGCGAAUGUUGAUGCUGCUGAUGGGAAUGGGACUGAAAAUGAUGAUGAACCGAGUCCUUCCACUUCGCGUUCGCAGAGGACUAGGGGGAGUAGAAGUAGCCAGUCUGUGCCAUAUGACGCCUAUUGGGUGGAGGACAACACCAUGGAGUCUACGCUGCUGCUGCAGGAGCUCGAUGCCGAGCUAAACUUUAAGAAAACCCACUCGGGUAACUCCUACAAGCGUCGCAUACUGGAGGAAAUGGGGGACUAUCAUGUGAAGACGGGCAAUUUGAAAAUGGCUGUCAAAUUUUAUGCUCGAGUGCGUCCGUUCUGCACGCAAAGCGAUAAUGUCAUCAACAUGUUUCGGAAUCUCAUAAAGGUCUCCAUAUAUAUGGCCAAUUGGUGGCACGUGCUUAGCUACAUAGACGAAGCCAAGCAGUAUGCCUAUGGAUUUGAGAAUCUCGCUCAGUCGGUACCCGCACGCUUUAGCUGUGCCUCCGGUCUCGCCAAUUUGGGCCUGAAGAUCUACAAGACGGCAGCAGAGUGCUUUCUACGUACACCUUUCAAUCGCUACGAUUAUGUGCAGAUUGUAGCGCCCUCAGAUGUCGGCUAUUAUGGAGGGCUGUGCGCUCUGGCUACCUUUGAUUUGGACACAUUGGAGCAUGGCGUUCUAAACUCAGAGCCGUUCAAGCCCUUUUUUGAACGAGCUCCCAAAAUGUGGGAAAUACUGGCCAGAUUUUAUGAACGCAAUUUCGAUCACUGUCUGGUGCUGCUCCAUGAAAUCCAGGAUAAUAUGCGCGUGGAUGUCUAUUUGGCGCCACAUGUGGAUACACUAUAUCAGAAGAUUGGCGCAAGAAUUGAAUCAUACCGAAAUGCCAGGCCAAGAAAGGAUUUCUGAACGAUUUGAAGGCGCAGGCAAGAGCUUUGUUUUCAUUAAUCAGCUUUUGCAAUUGUCCAGAACAGGUCUGUAGUUACACCUUGGCUCUCUCGCCGUUUUCUGUAUUUUCCGCUCAAAGUUUUGUUACACUAUCCAGCAAAUGAAAAAGCAAAAUACUAAAC